AUGCAUUCAAACCUUACUUCAGCGGUGGCCGGUCGACUACCGGGUCGUUGCCUGCCAGGCGACUUCGACUGUGGAUUUGGCCGCUGCGUUCCAAUCACGUCAUUUCACGAUGGUAAACCGGACUGUUACGACGGCAGCGACGAAUGGUGCUUUUUCGGUCAGGUCAAGUGUGGCGCGUAUUGCGUUGAUGUGUCACAGGCGUUCAGCUGUCUGUUCUCGUCCAGAUGUGACGACUCCAAAAACCAACCACCAUGGUGUUCCGUUUCGAAAGAAAAGCUAUGCGGAGACCCGAGGGCAUUCCCAUGUCGAGGAUAUGGCGAAUGUGUUCUAUGGCCGUGGUUACUCGAUGGUGAAAAGCAUUGCAUCGAUGGCAGCGACGAAGAUCAACUCUACGUUCGAGCAUUGGAGUUCUCGUUUCGAUGCUACUACAAUCGAACAAAACAAGUCGCCAUGCCUCCACCUCUCAACUAUACCGAUGCAUUUCUGAAGCUCACCAAUCCUAUUCAACUACCUGAUGUUCGACCACCUCAAUUUCCUACUUUGUUCCCACCACUGCCUAUACUACCUUCGCCCGAUUUGUAUUUAACUUCAUCACCGUCUUUUACACGAACACCUCCAGUACAGCUUUCGAAAAUUACCGGUUUACCGCCAUUGCCACCGCCAUUUCCAACAUUGCUGCCGAUAACACCGUCAAUUAAUCCUUCAGUUGUUCAACUGGGACCUAAUCCUGUUGUGCCCACUGAACAAACUGUGCUCGUGCCUGAUAGCAUUGUGACUCCGGACGACCCAUUUGCUAAGCUGAGUCGACCAUUAUCUACCUCUAACCCAGGAGAGAGCAACCCUGGUAGUGAUGACCUUAUCGCCUCCUCAUCAAGUCAAGGAACAUCAGACGGCGAGCAUGGUGAGCAAGGACUGGCCCCAUCCACACCAAAGCUCGAACAAUACUCAACGGAAAACACUGCUGACCUUCUAACAACCACGGAGGCUAUCUUCACAACAACGGCACCAUCUGAAGGGUAUCCAAAUGAAAUGAUACCGUUGCCGGAUCUUCAGGGAACAGUAAACCCAAAGUUCCGUACCACAAGUCCUCCACAGAUCGAUCAGAUCGAUAACGACUAUUCGGACCAUUCAGUGACAUCAAAUGAAAUCAACCCACUUGGCCAUCAAGUCACGACAGAUUCCAACGCUGCAAGUUCAGCUUCAUUGCUGCCGAAUCCUGGUCUUUCCGAGUCAGCUGAAUCAACUGUUGGCUACUCCACUACAACAACGCUUACAACAACGACCAUCACGGUAAUGAACUCGUGUUUGAUGGAUUUGAUAAGAACUUCGCAAAAUCGAUAUGCAUCACGCGAAUGUCAAUGCCCAACAGGAGAAAUGUUUCUAAAUGAGCAUUGCGAAGUGAAGAGAGUGGAUACUGGGAAGUUUCAAAUAGUCUUUAUUGUAGCCAGUGAAGACAAUCUAGCUUUCUAUAAGCUCGACAUCCGCUCAGCCUGUGAUGAAGACACACUGACACCAGAGCAAAAGAAAUGGAUAGCUAUAGGAAAGGUAUUUAGGGGAGACUACGAAGAUUCCAUCGUGUGUCAGGCUGAACUCUAA